GAUCGGGCCACGUCAAGAAAAGCACCCAUACGUUGUAGUGAACCAGUGCAGAGUAGACUCUCGACAAGGAUACAGAGACAGUAGGCUAUCACCUGAACUAUCAUAAACCGUAUUAAGAGAUAUCAUUUACACUCCUGUUUAUUACAAUGGACUGCGCUUUUGAGCACUUGGAUGCUGUUGGUUUUCUGGAGAUUUGGCAACACUUUGAUGCAGACGAUAAUGGUUACAUUGAAGGGAAGGAGUUGGAUCACUUCUUCCGUCACAUGAUGACGAAAUUAGGUCCGGAGGAUAAAGUAACAGAGGAGAGGGUCCAGAGGCUGAAGCAGAGGUUCAUGUCAGCCUAUGAUGUCACCGCAGACGGACGCCUGCAGAUCCAGGAGUUGGCCGUGAUGAUCCUGCCACAGGAGGAGAACUUCCUCCUGGUGUUCCGCAGGGAAGCCCCUCUGGACAACAGUGUAGACUUUAUGAAGAUCUGGAGAAAGUAUGAUGCUGACAGCAGUGGAUACAUAUCAGCUGUGGAGCUGAAGGGUUUCCUGAAGGACUUGUUCCAGCAGCACGGGAAGGCUGUGUCCUCCAGCAAACUGGACGAGUACACAGACGCAAUGAUGAAGAUUUUUGACAAAAAUAAGGACGGUCGCUUGGAUCUGAACGAUUUGUCCAGGAUCCUGGCUCUAGAAGAGAAUUUCAUGCUUCAGUUCAAAAUGGAUGCCUCCAGUCAAGAAGACAGGAAGAGAGACUUUGACAAAAUAUUCAACCACUAUGAUGUUAGUAACACCGGAGCUUUGGAAGGACCAGAGGUGGAUGGCUUUGUAAAAGACAUGAUGGAACUGGUCAGGCCCAGCAUCACUGGUCCAGAGCUGGACAAACUGAGGGCUGUGCUGCUGGGACACUGUGACGUCAACAAAGAUGGAAUGAUCCAGAGGAAUGAGCUAGCGCUGUGCCUGGGAAUGAAGCCCAAUAAGGCCUAGUCUUCCCCGUGCAGAGAAGACCUCUAACUACUGAUCCUUCCCUUCACUGUGAUGCAUCCAGAACACCCAGAACUUUAUGUCCAUCCACUCUUCAAAAACAAAGAAGACAACAGCUGCCAUUGUUUUAGCAUGUUGUAGAACAAGCACGGUUCUGAAUGAUAUCAAUUGUCUUUUCUUGUGAUAGAUUCAAGAUAAUACAGAAUAAUACAGGUAGCCUACUGGUAAAUUAAUACAGAAUAAUACAGGUAGCCUACUGGUAAAUUAAUACAGAAUAAUACAGGUAGCCUACUGGUAAAUUAAUACAGAAUAAUACAGGUAGGCUACUGGUAAAUUAAUACAGAAUAAUACAGGUAGCCUACUGGUAAAUUAAUACAGAAUAAUACAGGUAGCUUACUGGUAAAUUAAUACAGAAUAAUACAGGUAGCCUACUGGUAAAUUAAUACAGAAUAAUACAGGUAGCCUACUGGUAAAUUAAUACAGAAUAAUACAGGUAGCCUACUGGUAAAUUAAUACAGAAUAAUACAGGUAGCCUACUGGUAAAUUAAUACAGAAUAAUACAGGUAGCCUACUGGUAAAUUAAUACAGAAUAAUACAGGUAGCCUACUGGUAAAUUAAUACAGAAUAAUACAGGUAGCCUACUGGUAAAUUAAUACAGAAUAAUACAGGUAGCCUACUGGUAAAUUAAUACAGAAUAAUACAGGUAGCCUACUGGUAAAUUAAUACAGAAUAAUACAGGUAGCCUACUGGUAAAUUAAUACAGAAUAAUACAGGUAGCUUACUGGUAAAUUAAUACAGAAUAAUACAGGUAGCCUACUGGUAAAUUAAUACAGAAUAAUACAGGUAGCCUACUGGUAAAUUAAUACAGCUAGCCUACUGGUAAAUAAAUACAGAAUAAUACAGGUAGCCUACUGGUAAAUUAUUACAGAAUAACACAGGUAGCCUACUGGUAAAUGAAUACAGAAUAAUACAGGUAGCCUACUGGUAAAUUAAUACAGAAUAAUACAGGUAGCCUACUGGUAAAUGAAUACAGCUAGCCUACUGGUAAAUAAAUACAGAAUAAUACAGGUAGCCUACUGGUAAAUUAUUACAGAAUAAUACAGCUAGCCUACUGGUAAAUUAAUACAGAAUAAUACAGCUAGCCUACUGGUAAAUUAAUACAGAAUAAUACAGGUAGCUUACUGGUAAAUUAAUACAGAAUAACACAGCUAGCCUACUGGUAAAUUAAUACAGAAUAAUACAGGUAGCCUACUGGUAAAUUAAUACAGCUAGCCUACUGGUAAAUUAAUACAGAAUAAUACAGCUAGCCUACUGGUAAAUUAAUACAGAAUAAUACAGGUAGCCUACUGGUAAAUUAAUACAGAAUAAUACAGGUAGCUUACUGGUAAAUGAAUACAGAAUAAUACAGCUAGCCUACUGGUAAAUUAAUACAGAAUAAUACAGGUAGCCUACUGGUAAAUUAAUACAGCUAGCCUACUGGUAAAUUAAUACAGAAUAAUACAGCUAGCCUACUGGUAAAUUAAUACAGAAUAAUACAGGUAGCUUACUGGUAAAUGAAUACAGAAUAAUACAGCUAGCCUACUGGUAAAUUAAUACAGAAUAAUACAGGUAGCCUACUGGUAAAUUAAUACAGCUAGCCUACUGGUAAAUUAAUACAGAAUAAUACAGCUAGCCUACUGGUAAAUUAAUACAGAAUAAUACAGGUAGCCUACUGGUAAAUUAAUACAGAAUAAUACAGGUAGCCUACUGGUAAAUUAAAGUGUAUCUAUUUGAAAAAGCAGGAGAAGGCUCAAUGUUCAAGACUGUGUUGUGAAUGAUGCUUAUAUUUUUCUGGUUGUGUUUUGUUGGCCUGGGCAUAGCUGGCUAUUGGGCAAUUUGCAUGUAAGUGUAGUACUGUAUUGUACAUUAGGUGAGUUGCUGUUUUUAAUAUUAUGUGAUGAUGUUUAACAAUGAUAAUUAAAUCAAGAAUAGUGGCA